AUCGAAGAAGAGGUCUGCGGGUUCCUGAGGCCAACUACGUCACGUCCGCUUUCUCGAUGUACUGAGCAAAUGUUGGAGAGCAAUGGCGGCGUGCCGGGGAUCUUCGUCGAAAUGGUUUUUCACCCGGGAGCAGCUCGAAAACACGCCGUCUCGCCGCUGUGGAGUUGAACCGGACCGGGAGCUGUCGUACCGGCAGCAAGCGGCGAACCUGAUCCAAGACAUGGGCCAGAGACUCAACGUCUCACAAUUAACAAUAAAUACAGCUAUUGUUUACAUGCAUAGAUUUUAUAUGCACCACUCUUUCACCAAAUUCCACAGAAAUAUAAUUUCUCCAACCACCUUAUUCCUGGCUGCAAAAGUGGAAGAGCAACCUCGGAAACUUGAACAUGUGAUCAAAGUUGCACAUGCUUGCCUAAAUCCGCAAGAACCACCACUAGACACAAAAAGUAACGCAUACCUCCAGCAAGCUCAAGAGCUGGUGAUACUUGAAACCAUAGUGCUGCAGACCCUCGGCUUUGAAAUUACUAUUGAACACCCACACACUGAUGUGGUGAAAUGUUCCCAGCUAGUGCGAGCGAGCAAGGAUCUGGCACAGACUUCCUAUUUCAUGGCUACCAACAGUCUACACCUUACCACGUUCUGCCUCCAGUACAAGCCCACGGUGAUCGCCUGUGUGUGUAUCCACCUGGCGUGCAAGUGGUCCAACUGGGAGAUCCCUGUUUCCACUGACGGGAAACACUGGUGGGAAUAUGUGGACAACUCUGUGACCCUGGAGCUGCUGGACGAGUUGACCCACGAGUUUCUGCAGAUUCUGGAGAAGACGCCCAGCCGGUUGAAGAGAAUACGAAACUGGAGGGCAACACAAGCUGCCAAAAAGCCCAAGUCUGAAAGCGCCCAGAUGGCAGACAGCUCCUUUGCCGGGCCUUCCAUGCUCCAGGACCAUUCCUUGGGUGACUCUUCACUUCCUGCAGUCUCUUCCUCCAACCCAACUUUCUCCAAAGCAGGCUCCUCCUUUACUGUGUCCAUGCCUGGGCACUCUGGAGGCGCACCCCUCUCUCUGGACACUAUGGCUGGUGUUUACAACCCCACGAGCCACACUGAUUGGCCCCAGGGCCAAGCAGGAUACCCUUCUACUUCUGUUAAACAGGAACCCCUCAGCAUCCCUCAUCAAGGGACAGCACUGUCCUUGCAGACCUCCACCUCCACUUCCUCAUUGCUUCAACAUCCUCCAUACAGGACUGAGAAGACAGUAGACUUCAACCCUGUUAAACAUGAACACAAAGGAGCUGGCGGGGGUGGAGGGGGCAAGCAUCAGCAGCCGCCCCAGUCAGCUUACCCACCUCCCCCCCAGCCUCCUCCACCACCACCACCACCCUCUUCAGCACAGAAGCUUUCUCUUGAUAAAUACAGAGAGAAACAUGCUGCAGAGCUGGCUGCUGCUGGACAGAAACGCAGGCAGGAGCAGCAUGGAGGAGGAACAGAGUCUGAUGCACGAGGGGACUCCUCUUCUUCCUCCUCUACCUAUGCACCCUCUUCUUCAAGUCAGCAAGACCAUAGAAAACAUUCACAGCCCCAUCAAAUGUCCCAGCAUGCUUAUGGUAGUGGCAGCAGCAGCACUGCCUCCCCUAUGAAAAUGAAACUCCCUUCCUCCUCAUCUUCAGGUCAAGAUAGGCGUCACCACAGUGAUAAACGGGACAAAGGAACAGGCUCGCUCAAACUACGGCUGCCUGUGCCCGUGUCAGGCAGCAGCUCCCAGGCGGACAAAGGCGGGCAAACGAGCAAGGAGGAGCUGAAGAUGAAAAUCAAGGUUUCAUCAUCCGAGCGCCACGGCUCAUCAGAAGAAGGCGGGGCGGUCAACAACAAGAGUAAACAUUCCAGCCCACUGGUGAGCAAGGAGAAGCAGCAUCGUGGAGCGGAGCACGCGCUCCACCGCCACAACAAGCACAGUCACUCACAUCCUCACAGGCACAGCGGGAAUGGACGAGGGGGCCCGGAGGGGCUGGGUGGCGGGGGAGGGCUACUCCGGGGUCCUGUGGGGCUUGUCGGCAUGGAGGGGACAACCGUUGCUCCCCCCGGCUCCACGUCUUUGUCCUCAUCCACUUCAUCUCGUAAGAGAACCCACCCUGAGGCCAGCCACAACCACCACUCUUCCUCCUCAUCCUCCUCUUCGUGCUCCAAAGUGAGCAAAAUCUCCAAGGGUGGCACUGGUGCUGCAGGUGGGUUGCGGACCUCUCAGCAGUAUCCUCCUCCCAGUGAAUCAUCACAUGAAGUGGGAGAGCAGAGACACUGAGUCCUCCACUCGGCAACCGUGGCCGCCACACGAAAAUGGCAACAAACUAUCCACAGUCGAUACUUUGCAGACUAUGCUCACUUUCCUGUUAAGUGCCCCAGGAAGAGAACUCAUUAUGUGAUGAUAAACCCUUUAUUGAAAGGCAGAUAAACAACAUAUUAGCAAAAAAAAAUGAAAGGUAUUGUUGGACUUCUCGAGUGUUAAAAAAAAAAAGAAAAAAGAAAAAUGAUGCUUCCUGACCGUCAGAUCACUGGGCAGUGAUGCUCAGUCCUGUCUUUCUAUUAUUAUGUCAAUUGCUGCUUUGUUCUCCGUCUCUGAAUGGGUCUAGAAAUGUGCAAGUGUAUGCGUGUGCACGUGUGUGUGUUUGAGUGUGUUUUCAUGGGGGAAGGUCCAUCCUUAAUAGUUUCAAAUCUCCAUGUGGGAAAACAAAAGUAUUAUAAAUACCAUAAAAGGCAUGGAAGGUGCAAUUUCUACAUUUUCUCAACUCUUUUUUUUUUUUUUUUUUCCCUUUUUAAUUAGUAAUUUAAUUGAACCACAUUUCUACAACUGUAUAGAGAAAGUCAGGAGCCAGCUUUCUGGGGUAGAAGAGUUUAAGUUGCUUUUGCUGGCAUUCUGAUUGGUACAGUCAGUCAAAGCUGGUAUUUUUUUUUAAUGUUACAUUUAAUCUCUUCAGUUUCUUCAUUUUAUACUUAAAUACUGUAUGUAUGAUCUGCAUGUUUCAAUCAUCAAAGGGAUUUAAAAGAUCGUUGACUAGCUGUUUACAGAGAGUGGAGAUAAAUGUACAUAUGUUUUUGUAUGUUUAAAGAAAAAAAAGCUAUACAUGACUACUCAGGUUUGGAGCUGCUUGUAAGUAUAGCAGGAUGUCUAUGUACCUAUAAAAGACUCUAGACUAUUGUAACUUGUUGAUGUAGGAAUCGGGCAUCAUCAGGUGAAUGAUUGCAGCAUUCCAGUGGUGUGUGCUUCUUAGAGCCUGUAGUUGAUUUGCCUACAGAGGGUGCUGUACUGUACUUUCCAUCACAGGAAAUAAUUAAGAAACCCCUUCAGCAACACAGGCACAUCCAAAACCAACUUGUCACAUUGUCAGAGCGAUGCAAUUUGUACCGAUAAUUUUUUUUGUUUGUUUUUGGACCUCCAAGAAGACCUUAAGCUGGAUGCCAAAGGCUGUGCCUCAUAAAAAAAAAAAAUUACUGACAAGGACAAUAAUAGUGCUAUAAAAGUUUACAUAACCCUUUUUGCUUUGAAGUGCAUUAAAAAUAGUUUCAUGACUUUGCGCUGUAGCCCUGUAGAUGUCAGUCCAUGAGGGCAUAUUAUGUAGGAUUGUUUAAUGAACCAUUAACAGUGUACUAUACAGUAUAAUGAAGAAACUCGGGCUCAGUUCCAUCCCAGUGACAUCAUUUGCGUAAGAAUGACAGAUUGGCCAUAUGCAAACUCAUUGAAAUAUGUUGGAAACCUUAAAUAUCUGCCAUUUGGACAUCAAAUAUCAUUUUUGUAUCAUUGGCAUCCUCAUCCAACUGUUCAACCUUUUUAUUUAGUCACCUAUCUGGUCACAUGCUGUCUUCACACAAGUCAGUUUCCUCUGCUAAAUGGAAUAUAUUCUCAAGUCUGGACAUGAUGUAGUCAUCUGUUCUUGACUGGUUAGGGUUUUAUUUUCAUGUGCAGAGUAAAUGAUGAGGCUGAGUCUGGUUUGUUUGUAUCCUGAUCACAGGCACACAGUUAACAGCAGUUGUGGGAGAACAAGUCGAGCACAGACAUCUAUUGACAUUUUUUUUUCUCAUUUAAAUACUACAAAUAAACUUCCAAGUUGCCACUACCUUGAAACAUGA